AUGUUUCCACGCCGCGCUUUCAGCCUAGGGCUUGUAGCUAUGGGCUCCGUAGUCCUCGCCGGGCCAUGCGACAUCUAUGCCAACGGUGGUUUUCCUUGCGUCGCGGCGCACAGCACUACUCGUGCCCUGUAUAGUGCUUACACUAGUGCACUAUACCAGGUGAUACGAGGCUCCGAUGGUGCCAGGAUCGACAUUUCGCCGCUUUCCGCCGGUGGUGUUGCGGAUGCCGAUGCCCAGGACACCUUCUGUACCAACACGACCUGCCUUAUCUCAAUCAUUUAUGACCAGUCUGGCACUGGUAAUCACCUCUACCAGGCCCCACCAGGGUACUUCAGUGGCCCGGAUGUCGAUGGCUACGAUAAUAUGGCUAGCGCGAUUGGUGCACCAGUCACCUUGAAUGGUCAGAAGGCGUACGGCGUCUUCAUCUCGCCCGGCACUGGCUACUGGAAUAACAAUGCCACUGGCGGAGGCAUGUACGCCGUGCUCGAUGGGACACACUACAAUGAUGCCUGCUGCUUUGACUACGGCAACGCAGAAACCAGCGGCCAUGAUACGGGCAACGGCCAUAUGGAGGCCAUCUACUAUGGGAACUGCGAUGUCUGGGGCACUGGCAGCGGCAGCGGCCCUUGGAUAAUGGCCGAUCUAGAGAAUGGACUAUUUUCUGGUGAAAGCGAUGGCUACAACUCUGGGGACCCGUCAAUCUCCUACCGAUUUAUCACUACAAUCAUCAAGGGAGGGCAAAAUCAGUGGGCGAUCCGUGGCGCAAAUGCUAUGUCCGGCUCGCUCUCAACAUACUACGAGGGGGCGCACCCGGAAGUGGAUGGCUACAACCCUAUGAGUAAAGAGGGUGCCUUGGUUCUGGGCAUUGGUGGUGACAACAGUAAUGGCGCUCAGGGCACAUUCUACGAGGGUGUGAUAACCUCUGGAUAUCCAGACGAUGACACCGAGGCCAAAGUGCAGGCUGAUAUCGUUGAUGCUGGAUACGCCACUACGUCGCUGACUAGCGGCCCGGAGCUGAUCGUCAAUACAACGAUCUCGCUGCAGGUCACCACUAGCGGCUACACGGACCGCUACCUCGCACACACCGGCUCUACUGUCAACACCCAAGUCGUCUCACUGUAUAGUAACACGACCACACAACAGCAGGCUAGCUGGAGGGUACGCACCGGCCUUGGAAACAGCGAUUGCUUCUCGUUUGAAUCCGUCGACACCCCUGGCAGCUACAUCCGGCACUCUGGUUUCGAGCUUUACUUAAGCGCAAUAGAAGACGCGCAGCGGUUCUAUGAAGAUGCCACCUUCUGCCCGAUGACCGCACUUAGCGGCUCAGGAAACUCUGUUCGAUCCUGGAGCUAUCCUACACGCUUUAUUCGCCACUUCAAUAAUGUGGGCUACAUCGCGAGCAAUGGAGGUGUCCAAACGUUCGACGCCGCUAAAUCAUUCAACGCUGAUGCUAGCUGGUUGGUCGUCAGUGGCUUCGCUUCUUGA